CAGCACGCCACGGGCCGCGCCCCCGCAGGGGAAUAUUCCCGCAAGAUGACUUUAGGUGACCAUACGCACUCGGCCGUGCCGCCGCAGUCGACUGGCGCAAGCACGCACUCUUGCAGAGUUCCGCAUUCGGGUCGCACUCGCGUACGACAUCCCGUAUGAGCCACCCUUCGCCUGGCGGAUGCAUCCGUAGACGGCUCAUCUACUGCUGGCUGGUGUAAUUUUGCCAGUUGUCUGUUUUGCUGCGAGUGCUCGCCACGCAAUUUUGUUUUCUAUUCCUCAACAUUUAGAACUUUAGUAUGGCUUUCUCAGCAGCCCAGAGGGACUCCAUCGCCGAGAUUGUGGCUGCCAGCGUUGCAGCAGCACUUGGCAACAGCCCGCCGGCCGGACACCACGCGGCUGACUCCGAGACUGGAGCAAACGCCGGGACCAGCCGCCGAACCAACCCCCAAGAGAUUCCGGGUAGAUGACGACGGGGCACUGGCAGUCUGCGCCGCUCCAAAACGGAAAAUUGAAAACUUGGCCACGUGGAUCGAGGCGUGGUCCAUUUUCAGCCUGAUUGCCAUAGGCGAACAUCACCUAUGCGCCGAAGCCCUGAUGAUUCACCAACUCCGAAUCAUCCAGGCCGCCGGCAAGUACCGCUUCGCAGCAGUUGUAGAAUUCGACACCAGGGCGCGGCAGGCGCUGUCGAAAGAUUUGUCCCGGUCACUGGCAGACCUGGACACUGAGCUCUACACGACCUGCUUUACCGGGCAGGCACUCCCCUUUUGCAACAACUGCAAGAGGCUGGGGCACCUGACCGCCUCCUGCACAACGCAGCCCUUUCGGAGCAGGCCAAAGGAGCAAGGUGUCAGCUCCAGCGCAAAACCAAACGAGACCUGCCGCCGUUACAACUACGGCACCUGCGUCGGCUCGUGCAAGUUUCGCCACGCAUGCAUGUUUUGCUCGGGAGAGCACCCAGCUUCCGCCUGCCCAGCCAAGAAAUAGCGAUGCCGCGAAGGCAGCCCCGGCAGUAUCCUCUCUUAAUAGUCUUAUUUAUAAUAUUGCACCGCACACACCCAUCCACAUUGAUGUAUUGCACGAUGAAUUGCGCACGCACCCCGACCCCUCUUUUGUUCUUGCUUUGAUUAAUGACUUGCGUUUUGGCUUUCGCAUUGGUUUUACCGGGCCUCGUAAUGUUUCUGUUCAUAGUGCUAAUCUGUCCUCUGCAACAGCUCACCCCGAAGUCGUUGACCAAUAUCUCGCAACUGAAUGCCAGCGGGGCCAUACGGCCGGUCCCUUCACAGCUCCGCCAUUCGCCUGCCUCCGCACAUCAGGAGUCGGCGUGGUCCCGAAAAAAUCAGGCGGGCACCGGUUGAUCAUGCACCUCUCCGCCCCGCAGGGGAACAGCGUGAACACGUUCAUUGACCCUGACCAAUACCGCUUCAAACUGAUUACGAUCGACUGCAUUGCCGAUCAUGUUCGCAGAACAGGCCCCUGCGCACUGAUAACCAAGGUGGACCUGAAGCACGCGUUUCGGCUCUGUCCAGUACACCCCGACGACUGGCCACUGCUUGGCAUGCAAUGGAGAUCGAAGUAUUACUUCGACACAGUCUUGCCGUUCGGUCUGCGGUCCGCCCCUAGCUUGUUUAACCGCCUAGCAGACGCGCUUGAGUGGAUCCUACGCCACAAGUACAGCAUACCCGCACUCGAGCACUACCUCGACGACUUUGUUUCGGUAUCACCACCAGCCACUGUGGUGCCAUCGUCGACAGCCGCAGUCCACAAGGCCACGAUCCUUCAGGUGUUCGACAACCUGGGUGUCCCCACUGCAGUUGGCACCGACAAGGUGGUGGGUCCAUCCACGUGCGUCACCGUGUUGGGCAUCGAGAUUGACUCGGCCACCGGGGAACUCCGCCUUCCCACUGACAAGCUCCGCGCGCUGCAACAUCUGCUGCAGUCAUGGUCCACCCGCCACACCGCCUCACGGCGGGAACUCCAAUCUCUAGUGGGCCACCUGUCUUUCGCAGCAAAGGUUGUUCCAGCUGGACGCACCUUCACUAGACGGCUCAUUGAUGCAUGCACUUCCGCUCACAGCUCAUCGCCCAUCGUCCACCUGAGCAGCGAUGCCCUAGCCGAUAUCCGGUGGUGGCAGGAAUUCCUUCCCGUCUGGAACGGCAAAGCCCUUAUGCGCGACCCAGAGUGGUCUAGGUCACCGGACCUUGAGUUGUUCACGGACGCAUCCGGCCUAGGCUUCGGUGGCUUCUUUCAAGGUCGCUGGUUCGCCGGCGCAUGGUCCGCAACGCAACAGACGCCGCCAUACACCUCCAUCAUGUGGAGGGAGAUGUGGCCAAUCUCCCUCGCCUGCCAGCUGUGGGGACCGCUUUGGACGCAGAAGAAGAUCCUGCUCCACUGCGACAGCGCUUCCGUGUGCGCUGCCUGGGAGUCGGGCACCUGCCGGCACCCAGGAGUCGUGGCGCUCAUACGCAGCACCCUCCAGACGGCCGCUCGCCACAACUUCUGUCUGCUUAUCCGCCACAUCGCCGGAGUGGACAACGGUAUCGCAGAUGCCCUAUCCCGCGCUCAGUUCCCACGGUUCCGCCUCUUGGCGCCCGGGGCCGACCUCAGUCCGUCGUCACUCGCAAACAUCCACGCCGCAGCGUGA